CGGUAGGAAAGAAAAAAUGUAAACAUUAAUUUGAAAAUCGUAGACGAAAGUUAAAGGUAUGGAUUCCGCUCCAAGAUCUAUUAAAGCGUCUAAAGUAGAAUUUGAUGUAAAUCUGAUGUGCAACAACUGUGCUUCUUCAGUUAGAAAUGCCUUAUCACGUUUAACUGAUGUGAAUAUUGUAGACAUUGAUGUUGAAAGACAAAGCGUAAUUGUAGAAACAUCACUUCCAUCUCAGACUGUGAAAGAAGCAAUUCAAAGCACUGGAAAAAGAGCUGUUUUGAAGGGUUAUGGAAUUUCAGAUGCAGGUAUUACAGUAUCUGCAGUAGCAGAAUUAAAAGGUGAAAGUAUUCUGGGUGUUAUUCGUUUCCAUCAAGAUGAAAAUAACUUGUGCAUUAUUGAUGGUACUAUUGAUGGUCUUAAGCCUGGAGAACAUGGCCUUCAUAUCCAUGAAUUUGGAGAUUUAUCUCAAGGAUUCGAGAAUUUAGGACCUCAUUUCAAUCCAACUGGCUCAAAGCAUGGGGGACCAAAUGAUGCCGAAAGACAUUAUGGGGAUUUGGGUAACAUAACUGCAAGUGCAAAUGGAAGAGCUAGUUUUCGAAAAGAAGACCACUUGAUUAAAGUAUGGGAUAUUAUUGGACGAUCCAUUGUGGUCACUUCUGACAGAGAUGAUCUUGGGCAUGAAUCAAAUGAGUCUUCUAAAAUUGAUGGAAAUUCAGGAUACGGUUUGGCUUGUGCAAUUAUAGCCCGAUCUUCUGGACUGUUCCAAAAUCCAAAACGGAUCUGUCAGUGUGAUGGAAUAAGUGUCUGGGAUGAACAAAAUCUACCAUCUUCACUUUAGUCAGGCAUUUGCAAAUGCAAUGUUUGACUUGGAAAUUAUGAAAAAGAUCCUAACUAUAUCAAUUAUUGUCAAUUUUGUUUUAAUUAUUAUGUUGAAUCAGUUAAUUUAAUAAUAGUUUUGCCUGUUUUGAUAACUUAAACUAUGAAAAAAAUAAUUUUAUAUUGUUAUAAAGUUUUUACAAAAUUAUUUUAAUAUCAUUAAAAAUAUCUUACCUUUGGUAUAGUUUAUAAUAAGCAGCUUGUAUUUUAUAAUGACUCGGGCAUAAAAAAGUCUGAUAAUGUAUGCAAAAAAUAAGCUUUUUGAUGAAAGGAACUGAAAUAUUUAAUUAAGAACAAAAUAUAUGUGAAUCAAAAUACAUGCCAUCUGUUUAUGCAUAUAAAUGUCAUUUCAUAUUAAGCUAUAAUUUUACAACUUUCAAUAUUUAUUUCUUUUUGAGUAAGUGAGACCUGUUUUCUUUGUUAAAUAUAUGUGAUAUGUAUAUAAAAAGUGUUUAAUAAAUUGACAUAUAUUUUUGUUUUUCUUA